AUGCCGCCAAACCCUGCGGAGUUGAAACAAGCGGAGCUCUUGAGAAAUGACGGAAACAAUUACUUCAAGAAAAGCCGUUUCGGAGCAGCAAUCGAUGCUUACACUCAGGCAAUAACGUGUUGCCCUAAUAUUCCGAUAUAUUAUACGAAUCGUGCUCUGUGCCAUCUCAAGCGCAAUGAAUGGGAGAGGGUUGAAGAAGACUCUAGAAGAGCAAUUCAGCUGGACAGCAAUUCGGUCAAGGCGCACUAUAUGUUGGGACUUGCGUUGCUGCAGAAACAAGAACUUCCGAAAGGAAUCAGGGAAUUGGAAAAGGCUUUGAAUCUUGGGAGAGGUGCCAAUCCACAAGGUUAUAUGGUAGAAGACAUAUGGCAAGAGCUUGCGAAAGCAAAAUACGAAGAGUGGGAACGUGCCUCAUCCCAGCGAUCUUGGGAAUUGCAGAACUUGAAAGAAGCCUGUGUGUCUGCUCUAAAGGAAACAAAUUUUAUUGGAGACAUCUCUGAAUCAGAAGGAUUUCUAGAUGAUGCUACUACCUCACAUUUGAAACGUUUGGAGGCUGUUGAAAGAGUUUUCAAUAAAGCUGCAGAAGACGACAUACCAGCUGAGAUUCCAGAUCAUCUAUGCUGUAGAAUAACACUUGAUAUUUUUCAUGAUCCUGUAAUCACUCCGAGUGGACUUACAUAUGAGAGGGCAGUGCUUCUUGAUCAUCUUCAGAAGGUAGGUGGUUUUGAUCCAAUCACAAGGGAACAACUUGAUCCAUCACAACUAGUACCAAACUUGGCCAUUAAGGAAGCAGUCCAUGAGUUCUUGGACAAACAUGGGUGGGCUUACAAGAUGGAUUAA